GGGUUUGACUUCUUUAGCCUUAUCAGUCAACAGAGGAUUGUGUCUGAAGGCGUUCCUACUGCAACAGCUCUAGGCAGGCUGAGCGCUGCCCCUCCCUCACUGUUACAUGGCGCUGCUCAAGGAACAGGGUGACAUGAGCUACCAGGCGCAGAGAGGCUGUAUUUAGGGUAAGUAAGUCCACAUCUGAGCAGCAAAAUUUGGGGCCAGCUGAGCAAGCAACGCUCAGCUAGGGGCUGAAAUGGGGAGGGAAGGAACGGCCAGUCAGGGCAGGUUUCCAUCUUCUUUCUUUUUUUCCUUUAAGAUUUUUUUUGUUCCUUUGCCCUCUCCCGUUUUUCCACCCUCGUUGUCUCUUUCUCGCCUUUCUUUUUGCGUUUGUGCUGUUUUUUUUUCUCAUUCUCCUCUCAUUCUCUCUCUUUUUUAAUGCCAAAACGGCACACCCAGUGAGCUUGCAUGCCACUCAUGUAUUUCUGUGAGAAUGGCCAAAAAAAAACCCCACAUUGCCCAAAUUGUUCCUUUUCAGCUGGCUUCGUUGAAGCUUCUGCUACCAGAUGUUUAGAACUCCUAGGUGUUUUUUUUUUAAGCUGUUUUUAAACAUUUCCAUCUGUUUUUGCUGUUUUUUUUUUCUUUCUGUUUGUUACUUUGGGAGGGCUUUCCCAGUUAUAUAGCUAAAGCAGCUGGCUGCUUUCUUUGUGCUUUUUCUGGGAGGGAAUGGAAAGAAGAAUAAAGGUGAAAUGAAGCAAAAAAUAAUAAUAAUAAACAGUAGUAUUAAUAAUCUGGGGGGAGCUGAAGUAAAAAAGCAGACUUGGGGGGAGAGGGAUAAAACCUGGGUACAAGCUCAGGCUGCUUUGAGUCUACAGGGUGCAAAACCCACCAACGUAUGUGUUUUUUUCAAGGGAAUUUUGGUUAAUUUUACAGUUCUAACAAAAUGGAAGCCUAACCAAAAGAAGAUGAGAAGCUCUUCUCUUGAAAUGGAGAAACAAAAGCAUGCAGCUAUCGGUUUCCUUAUUUGUCUCAGAAGCUGACAUUUUUGGUUUUCAAAGCAGUGCUCAGUUGGGUUUGGGUGGUUUUAGGUCACGCCAGCCAACUUUGAAGCUGAGCCACGCUUUGUCCUAUGGAGUUUGGGGUGCCUGCAGCCCACCCUUAUUACCACUUUUUAUUCCCCCCUGCCAAACUGAAUCCUAAAACUUCUUCCAAGACUCUAUUUCCCAGCACGACCCCCAGCACUUAAUGUUCCUCCUGCAAUUUUUCCCUGCCUGCUGCUGUAUGCACACGAAACCAAACCCUUUCUCCUUAAGAGCUUACUCCUCCUACAUGUUUGGUUUUACAAUAAAUCCAUCAUCCAGGUGGGGCAGAGUCCUUCCUUGUUUAUUUUCCAACAACAGUGCCAAAGAUCUGUGGCGCAAGAGCUGCUCUGUUUGAACAGCAGCCAGCAUGCCCUUUACUCAGAAAACAUUGCAGGGGGAACUGAGAUAAGGGACGGCUGCAAACCAAGAAUGUCAGCAAGACCAGCUGCUGGCUUAUUUCCUCCUCUGUUUUUUUUUAAAUUCAGCUUCCUGCUUGCUUGCUGGGCUGAAGCCACUUGGGGAGGGCGUCAUGUCACAGACAGCUCAACUCCCUUUGAGCUUUGAGUGCUGAUAGGCAGUAUUUUUCUUUUAAUUUCUUUUAGUAUUUAAAGUCAGUUUAAACUUCUGUCUUUCUCUUUUCUCUUUCUCCUUUUCUUUCUCUUUUUUUCCUUCUCUUUCUUUCUUCAUCUUUUUCUUUUCUUUCUCUUUCUCUUUCUCCCUUUCUUUCUCCCUUUCUUUCUGCCUUUCUUUCUGCCUUUCUUCCUCCCUUUCUUUCUCCCUUUCUCCCAUCGUUUCGCCCUUUCUCCAUUCCCCUGCAGCAGACCACGAGCCCUCUCCCCACCCACGUUUUCCCCACGUCCGCUCCAGAUCCCCACAACUCUUCAUACCCGGGGCUUUCCCGGCCCCCCCAACACUCAACUCUCUCCUUGCUAUUGCAGUGUGCUGAGGCAGUUGCUGCCAGAGCACUGAUUACGUGGAUGUGAUUAGUGAGACACGACAUUUACUUGCCAGCCAUGGGGAAAGGAGCCCAAGAAAAAACACACCCCGACCAAGAAGUGCUGAGCCCUCCAAGAGAUGAGGAAAAACAAUACAAAUGGGACUCCAGCCCCCAUGGGAUGCAAAGGAAAUGUUGUCAUGUACAAAGGCUUCUCACUCCACUGUGUGUGGUGCUGAGUCUCCUUGUCUUCGGUCUGCUGGCGGCCUUGAUUGUUGUGCCACUGCAGUCUCACUCACCACAUCCUCAAUUCUCCCACGUGUGCCCAGCCACGUGGAUCGGCUUCCAAGCCAAGUGCUACUAUUUCUCAGAGAAUGAAGCCAACUGGAAGACCAGCUUGGAAAAUUGCAAGGCCUUGGAAGCCUCCCUGACCUCCAUAGACAGCAAGGAGGAACUGGAUUUCAUCAUGCGCUACAAGGGCGAAGCAAACCACUGGUUCGGGCUGCACGAUGAUGGUGACAGCCAGUGGAGGUGGACCAAUGGCACAGCCUUCAACACCUGGUUUGCAGUGCGGGGAGGUGGCCCUUGUGCGUACCUAAACCAGGAGAAGAUCAGCUCAGGCCUCUGCCACACGGAGAAAUACUGGAUCUGCAGCAGACCCAACAACUACGUCCUCUGGAGGCAAAAGAUUUACCCCGAAUAAAAGAUUCCAUAAACA